GUCGUCUCGGCCGCCUCCCAGUCGGGUUGCGGCCGAGGCCGGUCCUGGCUUUGUAGCUCGCUCAAGAUGGCGGCGCAGCCACCCAGCGGGAUCCGCCUCAGCGCGCUUUGCCCGAAGUUUUUACAUACAAAUUCUACUAGUCACACUUGGCCAUUCAGUGCAGUUGCUGAACUAAUAGAUAAUGCUUACGAUCCUGAUGUGAAUGCUAAACAGAUAUGGAUUGACAAAACAGUGAUAAAUGACCAUAUAUGCUUGACAUUCACUGAUAAUGGGAAUGGUAUGACUUCAGAUAAGUUACAUAAAAUGCUAAGCUUUGGCUUCAGUGACAAAGUCACCAUGAAUGGUCAUGUCCCAGUUGGAUUGUAUGGGAAUGGCUUUAAGUCAGGUUCUAUGCGUUUGGGUAAAGAUGCAAUCGUGUUUACCAAAAAUGGAGAAAGCAUGAGUGUGGGCUUCUUAUCUCAGACCUACUUGGAAGUCAUAAAAGCAGAACAUGUUGUUGUCCCAAUAGUGGCGUUCAACAAACACCGACAGAUGAUCAAUUUAUCAGAAUCAAAAGCAAGCCUUGCAGCAAUUCUGGAACAUUCUCUGUUUUCUACGGAACAGAAGUUACUGGCAGAACUUGAUGCUAUCAUGGGUAAGAAGGGGACGAGGAUCAUCAUUUGGAACCUUAGAAGCUACAAAAAUGCAACAGAGUUUGAUUUUGAUAAGGAUAAAUAUGACAUCAGAAUUCCUGAAGAUUUAGAUGAGACAACAGGGAAGAAAGGGUACAAGAAGCAAGAGAGAAUGGACCAAAUUGCUCCUGAGAGUGACUAUUCCCUGAGGGCUUACUGUAGUAUAUUAUACCUAAAGCCAAGAAUGCAGAUCAUCUUACGUGGACAGAAAGUGAAGACACAGCUGGUUUCAAAGAGUCUUGCCUACAUCGAACGUGAUGUUUAUCGACCCAAAUUUUUAACUAAAACGGUGAGAAUUACUUUUGGAUUCAACUGCAGAAAUAAAGACCAUUAUGGGAUAAUGAUGUAUCACAGAAAUAGACUCAUCAAAGCUUAUGAAAAAGUUGGAUGUCAGUUAAGGGCAAACAAUAUGGGUGUUGGAGUAGUGGGAAUUAUAGAGUGUAAUUUCCUAAAGCCAACUCAUAAUAAACAAGAUUUUGACUAUACUAAUGAGUACAGGCUGACAAUAGCAGCGUUAGGAGAAAAGCUGAAUGAUUACUGGAAUGAAAUGAAAGUGAAGAAAAAUGCAGAAUAUCCUCUAAAUUUGCCAGUUGAAGAUAUUCAGAAACGUCCUGAUCAGACAUGGGUUCAAUGUGAUUCCUGUCUAAAGUGGCGAAAAUUACCAGAUGGGAUAGAUCAACUUCCAGAAAAAUGGUAUUGCUCCAAUAACCCUGACCCACAGUUCAGAAAUUGUGAUGUUCCAGAAGAACCUGAAGAUGAGGAUUUGGUGCAUCCUACUUACGAAAAAACCUACAAAAAGAAAGACAAGGAAAAAUUCAGGAUCAGACAACCGGAAAUGAUCCCUCGGAUUAAUGCUGAACUCUUGUUUCGGACAACCCCCGUGUCAGGUCAAAGCUUUUCUCCUGUGAAGGAAAGUGUUCCAAGAGGACAUCUUUCAGAAGUGGCAAAUACUUAUGCAACAAGACUUAUAAAUAAUCAUCGAGGUUCACCCCAGUCUGAACCUGAAAGCAACAACCUGAAACGGAGACUUUCUACUCGUUCGUCCAUUUUGAAUGCAAAGACUCGGAGAUUGAGUAAUCAAGCAUUUGAAAAUUCAGCUUAUAAAGAUGAUGAUGAUGAAGAUGUCAUCAUCUUAGAAGAAAACAGUACUCCCAAACCUGCAGUAGAUCAUGACAUUGAAGUGAAAUCAGAACAGAGUCACAUCGAGCAAAGUGGUCAUCAGGUCGAGCCUGUGGCUGAUAAGGGACCUUGUGCCCCAGCUGGUUCAUCAGGCAUCUCUUCAUCCAGGUGUGAUCAGGGAACCACUGCGGCUACCCAGACCGAAGCCCCAAGUGUAGUUGUUAAAAAGGAAGAGGCACUUGAAGAUGAGAUAGAUGCACGAAAUGAUGCAGCUGUGCUACCAGCCUGUGUGGAAGCUGAAGGGAAGGCACAGGAAACCCAGGACACCUUUGAUAAAUCUGCGGGUGAUGCUAGUUGCCAGCUAAAUGAACUGAAAAAUGAGCUGCUUCUAGUUACCCAAGAAAAAGAAAAUUAUAAAAGACAGUGUAAUGUGUUUACUGACCAAAUCAAAGUGUUACAGCAGAGGAUACUGGAAAUGAACAACAAAUACGUAAAGAAGGAAACUUGCCAUCAGUCUACCGAAACUGAUGCUGUAUGUUUACUUGAAAGUAUUAAUGGCAAAUCUGAAAGUCCAGACCACGUGGUAUCUCAGUAUCGGCAAGCUUUGGAGGAAAUAGAAAGGCUGAAGAAACAGUGUAGUGCUCUGCAGCAUGUGAAGGCCGAAUGCAGUCAGUGUGCCAGUAGUGAGAGCAAAAGUGAAGUGGACGAAAUGGUUGUGCAGCUUGACGAUGUGUUUAGACAGUUGGACAAGUGCACUGUGGAGAGGGACCAGUAUAAAAGUGAGGUUGAAUUAUUGGAAAUGGAAAAAUCACAAAUCCGUUCACAAUGUGAAGAACUGAAAACUGAAAUUGAACAAUUAAAAUCUACAAAUCAACAGUUAGAAGCAGAUGUUUCAACGUCAAGUAACAUUGAGGAGUCUGUAAAUUAUACUGAUGGGGAAAGCCUCAAACUUCGAUCUCUUCGAGUUAACGUAGGACAGCUGUUGGCCAUGAUCGUACCUGAUCUCGAUCUUCAGCAAGUGAAUUAUGACGUUGAUGUGGUUGAUGAAAUUUUAGGACAAGUUGUCGAACAAAUGAGUGAAAUCAGUAGUACUUAAAGUCUGUUUUAUGUGAGAUAAUAAAAAUACUUGGUCAGUCCUGUGGUUUUAUAGCUUUCAGAAUGGAAACACUUUUGUUUUAUAGAUAUGACAAGUGACAGACUGAAGAACCAUGAUCUUUACUGUAUUCUAUGCAUUCAAGUGUGGUCACAAGUACUAUGGGCACACUUAAUCACACCUUUUGAAAUGCCUGAGAAUCAUUCUUACUGAACGGCUGAACUCAUGAUUCUGCUUUGAAGUGUAAAUACUUGUAAUUAAGUCUGCACAUAUUUUUUUAUUACUCUAGAGGACUUAAGUGUUUUUCACCAAGAGCUUUUCAGGUUGCCCCUAACCUUUGUGCAAUUUUUUCUGGUUCCCAAAGUGUAUUUUUCUCUGAAGUGAGGGCCGUGCCAUAAUACAGAUGGAAAUGUUACCUUUGAUUUUCUUACAGAAAAGUUUUUAAAAAAUGGAAUUAUGCUCCUGAUAAGUUGUACGUGAAUUGAACCCUAAUGUUUCUUUUCUAUGUUAAUUCUUAUCUCCUGAAAUAUUUUAUUCAUGGAAACAAGGUAAGCAGAAACUCUCCAUCCAUUUUAUCAGGAUUUUCCUUGUGCUGAGAUUGCCAAUCAUGGUUAAACGCAGUGUUUUUAUAGAACAAAGAAAUGAUCUUUAGUAUAAAAAAGCAUCAGAAAUAUUAAAUGUCCCACCACGUUUACUUUGAAGCCCAUUUUUGGCUGCUUCUUCAGCAUGGAGUGGGCACAAUAAUUGUUUAAUAUUUCUUUUUGUGAAAUUUCCUGUACAGCCUUUUGUAGGAUUACUACAGGUUAAUGAGAGUUGAGGAAGACAAUCUUUCUCAAACAGUACAGCAUACUUUUCAUUAUAUUACAGAGCUAAGUGUUUUAUGUCCUGGAGGUAAGCAGCAAACUGCCCUAGGAUUAUAGUAUUACAUGUCAUAAAAAUUAUGCUUUAUUGGUCCCUUGUUUGUGCAAUUUUAAAGAGAUGGCUUUCUAUUAAGUAUAACUAUGUAUAUAUAAUUAAGAAUCGUAUUUUCCACAACUGAAAUGUGCAUUAUUUUUUUUUCAAAGUUUUAUCAUUGCUAUUUAUUUUUACUUUUGUUUCUGAACAUUCAAUACAUGUUUCUUUUGUAUGUAUGCUUAAUUACAUGUCUUUCAUAUACAAUAUUAAAUUUUUACUGUACAUUAACUUCUAGAAAAGCAAAUAAAUGAAGGUUGUUUUUAUUUGCUUGAUAAA